AUGCAUCCGCCGCUGGCCGGACACCCCAUGUGCCGCAAGGUUAUUUUGGAGCUGGACAAGUGCCACAAGGAGCGAACCGUUGCAAAGUUCUUUGGGGCCUGCAACGCCGAACGUGCCGCCGUCGAUGCCUGCCUUCAAGAAGAGUACAACAUGCAGUACGAUCGACGAAACCGGCACAGAAAGCUGCGCAAGCUCAAGGAGGCCAUCGCCGCGGAGAGCGAAGAAAGCAACUGA